UGCCCCAUUGGGUGGGCAUAUAAAAUCAGUCACAAAGGCCGCGACGGCUAUUUCUAGGGUUUCUGUUUGCUUCACUUCCGUCUUCACGGCACACACAGGCGCAGAGCUGCUCCAAAAGCUUCAAGAUCCAAAACCCUAGCUAGCCAUGUCUCUGGUAGCGAACGAAGAGUUUCAGCACAUUCUGCGUGUGCUGAACACCAAUGUGGACGGGAAGCAGAAGAUUAUGUUUGCCCUAACCUCCAUCAAAGGUAUCGGACGUCGUUUCGCCAACAUUGUCUGCAAGAAGGCUGACGUCGACAUGAACAAGAGGGCUGGUGAACUGUCUGCCGCGGAGCUUGAUACCCUCAUGACGAUUGUUGCGAAUCCUCGCCAAUUCAAAAUUCCAGACUGGUUUUUAAACAGGAAGAAAGAUUACAAGGACGGGAGGUUCUCUCAAGUUGUUUCGAAUGCAUUGGACAUGAAGCUGAGGGACGACCUCGAACGCUUGAAGAAGAUCAGGAACCACCGUGGUCUCCGUCACUACUGGGGUCUCCGGGUGCGUGGGCAGCAUACCAAGACCACCGGUCGCAGAGGAAAGACUGUUGGUGUCUCCAAGAAGCGAUAGUCUGCUUACUCAUUUUCCAUUUCUUGAGCUCGUUGCUGGAUGUUUACAUGUUAGCUUGGGAAAUUUUGCUUCUUUAGUAUAUCCGAGAAUGUUUUUGAAUGCUGAAAUACACGUUUUUGGAUUGUUUCGGGAAUUUAAUUUCUUUUUUUUUUUUUUUUUUUAACCCGAGGCAUAUUUUCGUUAAUUGUAAGUGCACUAAUUUUCCAUAGUGAAUGUGUUCCAGCAUA